GGCACAGGAAUGCGUUGGCCGGUGGAUCGCUUGUUCUUUUGCUUUUGCAGGCCCGCUGGGGUAGUGCAAACGCCCCUUGUGACGCAGGAAUCCCUCCAGACGGCCCAGGAGGCUUCAGCAUUUUUGAGUGUCUUACGAGGCACUUUAUCUCGCAUCUCCCUGCCAUCAAUGUUCCACAUUAGAAGUCAUGGAGCUGGGGAAGGCGAAGCUGCUGCGAACUGGCCUCAACGCCCUGCACCAGGCCAUUCACCCCGUGCACGGGCUGGCCUGGACGGACGGCAAGCAGGUGAUCCUGACUGCGCUGCACCUGCAGAGCGGAGAGCCCAGCUUCGGUGACUCGAGCGUGGUCGGUCAGUUUGAGCACGUGCACGGGCUGUACUGGGGCCCGUGUCCCGCCGAGGCCCCGGCCCUGCUCGCGGUGCAGCACAAAAAGCACAUCACCAUCUGGCAGCUCUGCUUCAACGGCGCCGACAGGAACAAGCUCCUGGUUUCCCAGAUCUGCGACAUCAGCGAGCCAUAUCCCGUGCUCCCCCAGGGCUGCGUGUGGCAUCCCAGCAAGGAGGUCCUGGCAGUGCUGACCACCCGGGACGCCUCUGUCUUGCCCUCUGUCCACCUCAGCAACUCCAGAAUUAACGCGGACAUCAAGGGCAGUGGGCUCAUACACUGUGCCUGUUGGACCAAGGAAGGCAACCGCUUGGUCGUGGGAGUGGGCAGUGCCCUCCAUUCCUACAUUUGGGAUGAUGCUCAGAAAACACUCAGCGCCUGCUCUUUCUGCCCGAUCUUUGAUGUGGGAGGCUACAUCUGUGCCGUGGAAGCUACGCAGAAUUUGCAAGUCGCUGUUGCCACUGAGCUCCCUCUGGACAAGAUCUGUGGCUUGAAUGCUGGUGUUGCCUUCGAAGUUCCAUCGAGCGUUGAAACGGAGUCCUUCCCCUCGCAGUCCAGCUUGUGUGGGGAGGAAGAAUAUUCCUUGGAUGGAGGGAAGAAGUCACUGGACUCUGAGAAGCCCUUGUCUGUAGUUACGUCUCCUGUGGAUCUAACUCACAUACUUUCUAGCAAGCAGGGUGCUGAUUCCAGCCCUCUCCUUCACCUGAGGCCCAAGGACUACCUGACGGGAAGUGGCCAAGAUUCCUCACACCUCAUCUUGGUGACUUUUGAAAGAAAGGUUACCUCUACCAAAAAAGUGAGCAUCCCAGGCAUUCUUGUUCCUGAUAUAAUAGCUUUUGACUCCAAAACUCAAACUGUAUCUGUUGCCUCCAAUACUUGUAAUGUUAUUUUAGUCUAUUCACUGACUUCAUCCAGUUUACCCAAUAUUCAACAAAUUCAGCUGGAGAAAAGUGAGAAGCCAAAGGGUUUGUGCUUUUUGACCAAUAAAUUGUUACUGGUACUGGUUGGAAGACAAAAAUUCAGUGACCCUGCUUUUCUUCCUUCUUCAAGAUCAGACAAGUACAUGAUCCGAUUGAUGAUUAAAGAACUGAUACUUGAAAUGGGUCCUUCAAGGUCUGUGCCAGAUGAUGGCAGCUCCAGUUUGAAUCUUUCCAACAUUAAUCAUGAUCCCUCUAGAGAUGUCCCCCCUCUCAGCCAUGGGCUCCUGAUACCAGAUCGCUCUGCACUUCAGUCCCCUACAAGCCGAAGGAAACUCAUCGAAGAAAUCAAGAGUCCUGUUUAUGAACAAAACUUGGUGCUGAACAUCAGCGACUUCAAAGACAAAAAGAUUUCCAUGAAUUUUCCUCCGGCUGUCGAGACUCUGGAUGCUGAGCCAGUUAAUCGGAGUGUGGUACUGUCUAACGCUUCGAACAAGCCAACGUCCCCAAAGAGACAGCCUGAGGCAGCUUCCAAAAUACCCAAUUCUUACAAGAAUAACCUGUUCAGUGAGAAGGAGGCAAGUUAUUUUCUGAAAAAUGUGGAAAAAUUGUCUGCUAACUUCACAGAAUUGCAGCACCAUCUUUCUGAAUUAACUGAGCUGCUAAAAUCUGGGAAGAGAAAUCUUCCAGUGUACCCAUCUUCUCAGGAACCCUCAUUUAUUAACAUCACCUGCCAGAAGCUGCUUUCCAAAAGUGAUGCAGAUGAAAGUCGGGCCGUUCUUCUCUGUGGUGGUAAACUCCGCCUAAACGUCAUCCAGCAGAUAUUCAACCUAUCCCUUGUAGAAAUGCAGCACGGUUCAUCUUGGAUUGUUCUCACAGCGGACAGUGAGGGCUUCAUCCCAUUAAUGUUUGCAUCCACACAGGAGAUCCUCAUCAGAGAUGCCACUGCAAAAGGCUACAGUGCCCACUCCUCCAAGACUUUGGACAUAAUCAGUUCCACACAGGAGUGUAGAUCUAUGUCUUCUGAAAGCCUGGAUAUCACCAGUUCUCUGGAAGUCCUGAGGGACUGCUCCUCCAAGACCUUGGACAGCAUCAGCCCUUCAGAACAGCCCAGCAAUAAAAUGUAGUUUUUGACAGUGGUUUUGCAGUGCCUACCUGAUGAUGGGAGGCUUUUAUGUUUACUGUAUGGGACUGCAAAUUAUCAACAACAGUCUCGAAUCUCUGUACGAUUUCUAUAAUUUUUUUGUUGCAUUGUAAAUUAUUUAUUUGAUCCUUGGAAGCAUUUAACCUUUUUUUUUCUACUGAACAGUGUUUUUUAACUAUGGCUCUUGCAGUACAGGUGAGGUUGAAAAUACGAGUUUCUGAGCUCAAGUUUCCAUCUUGGUCUUUAAUACAUUGGUGUUUUUAGAUAAUAGUAAACCUGGAUAAUAAAGAAAUUGUUGAAAACACUGCGUUGUCUCCCAUUUCCUCUCUUCUGCCAAAGCCUGAAAUACUACACAGGUGUUAUUUAGGAGCAGUGCCUGCAGAAAUGCACCUGGGUUUGCACUGGUGUAAGCACCAGUGUAAGGUCAUGGGAGUUUGGGACAAAGUAGGAUCAUGUGAAAUAUCCAUAUUGUAUGGAAGCAAGAUCUUUUUCCCCUCCUGUACCUGCCCCUAACACCUCUCUGCUUCCAUUUCUGUGGAUUUGGGGAAGUGUUUGCCAUGUGUCUCAUCUUUUGUGAUGAGAACAUCCAGCUAAAGUCUGACAGAAGAAAAUGUUCUAUGGGCUGUUGUAGUGAGAGAGAGAGAAAAUGCAAAGGGGAAAUUUAGAAAAAGUUUAUGUAAGCACAAGUUUAUGUAACACAGAUUGCAGCACUGAAGAAAAGACUAAUCCAAGAUUGCUCCCCGUAAAAUCACAGCAUGAUAACAUUAAGCAGUUUAUCAGGCUUUCACAGUGGCACUUACUGUGUGAGAAGGCAUCAAGCAGCUAGAUUACAGAAUUGGAAUUGCUGUCUCAGGACUCAGAUAAUCUCUUCUAUUUUUUUUUUUUCAUUGACUAUUUGGAAAUUUAGCCACUGUCAAAUCUAUCCACUAAAUACAAUAUUAAAGAUAAAGCACUAGUAAAAGCUGCAGAGGGCUCUCGGGGUUGGGUGCUGAAACUACAAGUUACAGCUUUUGAUGAGCAGGGGAGGAGGAAAACAGAAAAUAAUUUGGUUGUGGGCUCAAUCCUUUACAUAACAGUCAUCUCAGUAAUGCUCACUGUUUAACCAGAAGGUGGACCAUGAAUACACCGAAAAGGCACUGAAACCUCAGCACUGGGCAUGGGUUCAAAGCAGGCUGGAUGCUGGGGAUGGUCCACGUUUCUUCAGCAGUCUGACAGUCCUUUUUCAUGCCUGUUCAUGGUUCCAACAUCCCACUAAUCCACGGGAGGAGAGGGUCAGAGCUGAAUGUUCUUGGCUCUGUAAAACAUCUUAACCUUGAAUUUUUUCAUGCCUCAACUGCUGCUUCUGUAAUUUUGUUAAUGCAGCCAAACGGUGUAUAAAAAUCAGCUGCUUAUUUUGGAAUUGCUAUUUGUGUUAGAUUGACAAAAGAUAGUAUCUCCCAUCAGGAAUGUGCUCGGUCUCAGGUUAUACCAAACAGACCUGUGGAGUUCUUCCAGCUCCCCAGGUGAGCACCAAGGACUUACCUGUGCACAGGGCAGUGCUGUGUGGGCUAACUGGAGCAGACACAGCAAGUGCAAGACACCUGCCAAAAGCUGUUAAUAGUUUGGUCAGAUUACAUUGGUUCUUCAUGGUGUGCUCUGUGCACUUGCAUGUGCAUUUAUGUUUAAAAUAUAAUCCUAGGAAUCCUGGAAGAAUUGAAUCCUUAUGUUAAGAGACUUGCUUAUAUCAUGGAACCAUGUGGGUUGAAAGGGCCCUUAAAUAUCAUCUAGUUCCAACCCCUGCUGUGGGCAAGGACACCUUUUACUAGACCAGGUUGCUCCAAGCCCAUCCAGCCUGGCCUUGAACACUUCCAGGGUGAAGCAUCCACAGUUUCUAUGAGCAAUUUGUGUCAGUGCAUCACCGCCCUCACAGAAAACAAUUCCUUCCCAAUGUGUAAACUAAACCUGCUUUCUUUCAGUUUAAAGCCAUUUCCUCCUUGUCUAUUACCACAGGCUCUUGUAAGAAGUCCCUCUCCAGCUCUCUUGUAGGCACUGGAAAGGACUCUUGAGACCUCCCCGAUUCUUGUCCAGAUGGAACAACACCAGCUCUCUCAGCCUGUCUGUUCAGCAGAGCUGCUCCAUCCUCAGAGCAUCUUCAUGGCCUCCCCUGGACUCAUUCCAACGGGGCCCCAGAGCCGGACACAGGACUCCAGGUGUGAUCUCACAGGGCUCCUCCCUCAUCUUCUGCCAUGCUGCUUUUGAUGCAGCCCAGGACACAUUUGGCACACUGAUGCACAAGGAAAGCACACUGAUGCACAUUUGGCUUUUUGGGCUCUGAGCACACAUUGCCAGCUUAUGUUGAGCUUCUUGUCAACCAAAAGACCCAAAUAUUUCCUUUCAGGGCUGCUUGAUUUCAAAUCAAAACACCAUUUCUAAACUUAACUGCACCAAUGCUGAAUGUUAAAAGAAGGCCCAAAUAGUUGAAAAAGUGCCAAGCCUAAUCCAAGAAUCUUUAAGAGAAGAUUGCCAGAUUUUAAGGAACUUUCUUCUCUUAAAGCUUUUCUUUCAUGCCUACAAGUCCAUUUGGGAAUUCUGGAGCUGCCCAUUCUCUCUGCUUGGCCAGCUCAGCACAGCUGAGGCUUUGCCAGGAGUGGCUGCAGUUUUGCCUCAUCCCACACUGAUGUCAGCAGGCACUUCUGUGCACCGAGGCUAUGAUCCAACACAGCCAGCAGCUGUGGGAAUUGUUGAAGCUGCUGGAUGUGGAAAUGUGCACAUUCUAUUCCAUGACUUUGAAGGUGACCAAAAAGCGAGUUUAUUUUGGAAACACAAGGGAAGUUAAGUCCUCAUGGGCUGCAGCCAGUUGGAACAGAAACUUCUCAGACACUGUAAACCUGCUACAUAAUCAUGGUGAAAAGCCCUAGGCAGGUAAAAACACUCUCUAGGUAAAACAGAUGAAAUUCCAUGAUGGACAACACUAGGGUGCAAAGGAAAUUCUUUUGAUCCUUUGCUGAAUGUAGAUGAUUCCAUGUACAUCAGGAAAAACAGGCUGGCAGGGGAUGGGUGCUGGGCCUCCAAAAUGGAGCUUUAUCAGUGAAGCUGAGCAAACAACUAUCAUCAGUCCCAUGAGACCCGAGAAAUCCUUCCUCAUCAUCUACAGCAGAGCACAGCAAAAGUGAGGACAGACAUCUGAAUGGUGUCACUGAAACUGACUGUCUCAUCUAAGAUAAUUUGGAGUAAGAAAUAGUUCAGGAAAUAAGGUUUAUUUCUGCUUCCACACUUCUAGAGCAAACACACACUUUCCUUACCAUCCAGCAGUUCUGCUGCUCUCCUGCUGGAAUUGGAGGCUGCCACUGUAAUGUCUCUAAAGUGGUAUUGAGGACCUAGCCCCUCUGAAAAGUGCCACAGUUUAAAAGUGCCCUCUCUUUGUUCAGCUCUGUCAUGCCAGUUUGUGUCUUCAGAGACUGGAAAUUCUCAGGUGCUACAUAGCAAAAAUUUUCCUCCUCUGCCUCGGGGACAGACAGAUGCUGCUGCUUCAUGUUUUGAAUGAAGCUUCUCAGUGGGUUAGCAUCUGGUUUAUGCAGCAGGUUUGGUGUUUGUGAAGUGAAAGCCAUCUGAUUUCAUACUUUAAGCCUACAGCAUAUACACAUUCUUGUAACCAUAACACUCAGCACUCUUGCUGAGUAUUUGAACUGUGGAAUUGCAGAUAGUUUUUAAAAAAAAACAAAACACACCACCAAAAACAUUCAGUGAAAUUGCACAAAACCAAAAUUCCCUCCUGCACCCACCCAUUCUAUGAGUCCAGCUGAGCUUCCUAUCAGUCUAGAACAUUUCUUAAGGAAAAGGCAAGUGUAACACUUUGAGAGUGUUUUUCCAUAAGUAUGAUAUGAAAUUCAUAUGAUGUAUAUGAUUGACCACAAAAUUGCUGUAAUCUAUUGGGUGGGACUUUGGGCUAACUUGCAGUCUCUUCAUCUUACAGCUGGACAACAGAUACCAGGUCUGAAAGGCCCCAAGUUUCCCUGGUGGAAACUCCUCCUCUCAAGAAGAUUGAUUUAAUUCUGUGUUUUCUGUCUACAGCCCAGAAAGGCAAGCAGAGAAGUAAAUGAGCAAGUGAUACUUGGAAACAAACUCUCAACUCAAAAGCAGUUUGCUUUAAAGCCUUUUCCUCUUCAACUACUUUGCUUGGAAUGCUGAAGGUGAAAAAAGAUGAGAAGCAGGUUGCAGCAGGGAUUGAAUCAAGCAGCAAUUCUUAUAAGGUUCAGGAGUGACUUAAGGAAUUAGUACUCAAAUCUUCAGAGCCCUUCCUGAAAACCCAGUGACCUGACACAGAAGGUCCCAGCCUUCAGGGACUCCCCAGGGACAGAUGUCCGAGGUGGUGUCCACCUGUUAAAGUGGGGGACUUGGCAGAAGGAAUCUAAUCCAGCUAAACUGAGCUCAGGGACAGGCAGGGGACAGCGAGGCAGGAGGGGAACACAGAGGAACAGCUGGUGGCCAACAGCAACCCCCUCCAUCAGUGCCUGGUGGGAGCAGCAGCUUGGAUAUACUUAGGGAUACUGAUCACCAGCAGGAGCUCUCAGGGAGGUGAGGUAACUUCGGGAGGUGUCAGCAUUGCUGUUUGCAGGAAAAGCAGUGAAACUGGAAGAGAAGACUGGGUUGAUGGUUAGACUUGAUGAUCUUAAAGGUCUUUUUCAGCUGUAGUUGUUCCAUGAUUCUAUGUCUGGUGACCAGCUCAGCCACUGACUGCCAGAAACCAGCCCAGUAUGGAAGAUUCAGGCUGUCCUCACUACACUUCAGCAAGAACAAGGAAUUGGACAUGGUUUGGCUUACAGAGAAAAACUCAGUGACACAUAACUCUGUUAUGCUUCUCUUUUCUUUCCAUAUUUGCUGUAAUUGCCUGUG